GGCGUGGGUGAUCUCUCGCCUCCCACACUUGGUGCUCCUGAUUUGUCGCCGUCAAGCCGCGAGGAUUGAUCCAAUUAUGCGUUUAGCGUCGAGGCGCUAAUAAUAGAGCAAAUCAGAGGUUAAAAAAAAAGUUUGAGGUCUUGGAGGCGGCGGUAAGCGAGCAAAUGAACAGGGGCUCCAUGACCGCUUUGACGCCGCCAGCCUGGAUGUCCACGCCGAGGACGAGUGGCUCUUCCCCGGGAGACGUCAAAGCAGCGAGGCGAUGAACGGGAGGAUUAUUUUGGAUACUUGGUGGUGGGAGCACUGAAGAUAAACACACGCAGCAACACUGCUGGGUUACAUAUGUGACCAGGUGACACAUUUGGAAUGUGUGCAGGAUGAGCAGCACAUUCGUCACAUUAACGGAAGUACUGGAGGCCCGAGGGGGGCCUCUGCUGGAGGAGGAGGUGUGGGCCCUGCUGCUGGCCACAGCAGCUAGUUUAGUGGACGCCGCCGAUAAAGGUCAAAACAAUAUGUGUAACAUCAUAAGCCCCGCCUCCUUGCUGCUGUCAGUUACUGGGAGCUUAGCAUUUAAGAACUGUGGCCUAUCAGAGGAGGCGUCGACCUUCACUGCUCCAGAGAUGCUGCAGGGCCAUGCCAGCUCAACCAAACCUGCCAUAGAGAGGAUGCUCGUGUAUUCACUGGGUAUGACACUCUACUGGUCAGUUGAUUUUCACCUACCUCAAAAUCAGCCAGUCCAGUUGAGCGACCAUCUCAACAGCCUCCUCCUCAGCAUGUGUGAGGACGUGUCCCAUCGCAGGCUAACCAUCACCUCCAUCCUGGAAGCCUGCGAGUGCCGUCAGAAAGCCUCCGGCCUGCCGCCAUCUGCCGACGUCAUCAGGCAGCUGGUAGAGGAGGUCUUCAGUGAACCGGUGAGUGCACACGUGACCUUUUUGGGGGGGUUCGCAGUGCCUGUUGUUCACAGGUCCUUGUUCCCGCAGAUGGACCAUGCCUCUGACAGUAGCUUGCCUCUAAGCGGGCGGAGCCAGAUGAUCAGAGAAAGGCUUCAUGGAAGGCGAGGGCCAUUUGCAGACUUCAGUGAAGGUUGUCCAGAAAGGAGAAGAUACUCGAUCGACUCAGACUCAAAGUCAGGGUGUUUACCUCAGAGAUCUUGGAAACAUCGACCAAGAAGCUCACCCACACCUUUGUACCAGUCAUCUUUGGAAAGGCUCCCGCGAGGGGCUCGUCACAGGGACAGCACCUGCAGUUGGCUCGGCCGGAGCCCCCACCACGACGUCUCUCCCAAGACAUCGGGCAGGUCUCACAGUCCUUCCAUCACCUUCAGCGAGUCCUCCAUCAGCCUGAGCCAGAGGAAAGCUAAGGCUUUGGGUCCCGAAUUUAUCCGAAUGGCUGACGAACAGCAAAUUGUUCUUGAGCUUCCAGGAUCUAUUGUGUCGAGAAAGGGCCGCUUGUGUUCGUCUCAGAGGGAGGUGACGGUGGUGCUGCCGAGCGGACAGUACGUGGCGGUCCGCUGCGAUAUCAAGUCCCGUGCGAGGGAUGUGUUUGACAUGGUGGUGGCUCACGCUAACUUAGUGGAGCACUUCUACUUCGGUCUUGCCUUUCUCGACGAUGAUGAAUAUUUUUUUCUGGACCAUGAAACAAAAAUCUCCAAAGUUGCUCCCGAUAGUUGGAAAAAAGGGCAAAUACUUUCCUUUUUGGUGUUCCUUCGAGUCAAAUUUUUUGUCGACAAUAUUGCCUUUGUUUUACACACACUGACUCGCCACCAGUACUACUUGCAGAUGCGGAAGGAUAUCUUAGAGGAUCGCAUCUACUGCAACGAGGAGACGAGCUUGUAUCUGGCUGCUCUAGGUCUGCAGGCUGAAUUUGGGGAUUACAUGCCAGAGUUGUAUGGGAAGAGUUACUACCACCCAGAGCACUAUGUGUCAAAGAGAAUGCUUGACAAGCUGGCUUUGCCCAACGUGAAGGAUGAGCUGCCAAGACUGCAUGCAAGUCAUGCCCCGAUGGGACCCGACGAGGCGGAAACAGAGUAUCUCAAAAUUGCCCAGCAACUACCAGAGUACGGGAUUAUGUUCCACCGUGUGGGCAGAGAAAAAAGGCCAUUGAUGGGUGAAUUGGUUUUGGGAGUGUGUGCCAAAGGAAUCAUCGUGUACGAGAUGAAGAAUCAGAUCCGGACAGUCACCAGACGCUUCCUCUGGAGGGAAACAGACUCCAUUUCCACCUGGGGUAUGUAAAAUUGUACAAAUUGACAAAAUCGCCGUAAACUGAUCAUUGAAUGUGGCGGACCAAGUGGUAAAAAGCACAGCUUUAUGACGGAGAGCUCGAAAAUAGCACAAUACCUCCUCAACCUCUGCUCCGCGCAGCACAAGUUCCACAGCGAGAUGACGUCACGGCAACUUAACCACAGUAUGAUGCCAGAUGAAAACAUGUCUGUCUAUGCGGGUUGUAACCUGAACCUGAAGCGGAUGUCAUGCUCCGAGGGCAUGCUGAACCAUGUCGGUUUAGCCCCGGGUCAACCAGAUCUGCUGUCCAAAUCUUGCGAGGAUCUGAGCGUCAAGCUGGAGGCUCGACUCCGCCGUCAGAGAGAGAUGAGGCGGGAGAUGAGCAGGGAACUGAACAAGGAGCAGCCGGAAACUGGGGAACUCAGGGGUUUGAAAGAGCGUCCCUACUGGAACACCCCAGAAUCGAUUCCAAGAAUGAUGUCCAGUGUCUCCCUGCAGAAAGACUCGGAUGCUUCUUCUUCUAUACGAGUUGACACACCAACCAGGACUCCACCAGAGAGAGAAAUUAUUUGCGUAAGCCUCAAGAAGGAUCCCAAACUUGGCUUUGGCUUUGUGAUUGUAGGCGAGGACAAUACAGGUAAACUCGACCUUGGUAUAUUCAUUGCUUCCAUUGUGCCAGAUGGACCUGCGGACAAAGAUGGACGGAUCAAAUCAGGUGGGCGUCUCAUUUCCCUAAAUAAGACCAGUUUGGAAGGGGUAACAUUCAGCGAUGCUGCUGCCAUCUUACAGAGUAGUCCUGAGGAAGUGGAGCUGAUUGUGUCACAGCCCAAACAGUGUCUGAAAGACAGCAAGAACUCCCUGUGCCAAAGCACACUGGGCUUGGCAUUGGAGAGAAGUUUUGGCUCUCAGACCACCUUGAGUGGCACAGAGUACCGACACGCCAUGGAUGAACUGGAGGAGGCCAUCAUGUGGUCCAGCAUGGCCACGCCCAAGCAAAACAGAAAGCUUCACAUCCCUGUGGUGCGAAUACAUGAUGUACAGGACAUGUGUUCCAGGUCUCCCUCUAUCUUAAGUCUAAAAACCGGGGAGAAGUUUAUAGUGGAGUUGAAGAAGAGUGGUGGGAGUCUUGGCUUUAGUGUUGCUGGAGGAAUACACACAAGUGUGAGGUAUGGCGGCAUCUACAUCAAAAGUCUGAUGGUUGGAGGUGCUGCUGAGCAGGACGGUCGCAUUCGAAUUGGUGACAGGUUGAUGGAGGUUGAUGGCUCUAACCUGAGGGCUGUGACACACCAACAAGCUGUCGAGUGCCUGAAGCGGACUGAGGAGGUGGUGAACCUGCUGCUAGAGAGGGAACCAACAAGCAUCAUGGAACCCAGAACCAACUACCCCCACCCACCCUCCAUCCACAGUUCAUCACACACUCAGCCCCCCAGGACUGAGGUCUCCUUGGAAACAACCUUGAAUGGCCGAGCCAAGGACUACAGCUUUGUUACUGACGAAAAUACACAUGAAGUCAUCCUGAAGAAGAGUUUGUCAGGUCUAGGCUUCAGUUUUAAUAUUUCCCAACUUAACUCGGGACAAGACCAUGGCAGCGUGGUCCGCAUCAAACGUCUGUUCCCCGGUCAGCCAGCCCAUGAAAGUGGUCUCUUACAAGAAGGAGACAUCAUUCUGUCUGUCAACAAAGAGCCUGUCAAGGACCUUUCCUACAAGAGGGUUUUGUUCCUGCUACGAGGUGCCCCUUCUGAAGUUCAGCUCUUGAUCUGUCGACCCGGUCCAGGAGUGCUGUACGAUGCUGAUGACAACACACUGAGCCCUGCACCCACCAGGGAGAUCCGAUCUCGGUCUCUGGACAUCCGUCUAGGGGACGACUAUAGCCAGCUUCUUAAGUUUCAAUUUGAUGUCAACAUACCUGCUCAGAAUACGGCAACCACCCUCGAGGAGGAGCUGAAUGACCCAGCAGAGAAAAGCCCAGACUCUCCUACAGCUCCAAGAUUCUUUGAGGGACAAGAGAGGGAGGUUCAAGGUGAACAGACUCCUCCAUCAUCACCUCGGGCGGGAUCACAUCCCAUACCCGCCUAUCCCACGUCUCCUCCGACGCCCAUCUCGCCAGCCUCGCCUGCUUCUCCCACGUCACCCAGCUCACCGCCAGUCUGCUUUCGACCAGUUCAUCAAGAGUCGCAGUUGAAUGUCGGGAAACUAGAAGAACAACAGGAAGGAGUAACAAAGAAGGCAAGCAAGGAUGGGGAAGAGGCCGUUGCAACAAGUUCCACCGCGAUACUUGACGUCUUCCCUAAGACAGCUUCAAACUCCAUGUAUGCCAGUGGUGUUCGAGAGGAGGCAGAUGGAAGUGUGACCUACUGUCUUGUGGGAAAUGGACUUACUAUCAUGGCAGAUGAGGAGUAUUUGACCAUCAGUUCGACCCUAGAACCUCAACAAAAUGUUCAGUCCAAUCAGGCCACUCAAACGCCAUUAUCAAACCUCACAAGCCCCAGCUCACAGACCCCGACCACUUCGUCGAGUUUCUCUCAAACGUCUAACACUCUGUCUGGUCUAUCACAGACCUCUACCACGCCAUCAAGUUUCUCUCAGACUUCUAUCACUGCGACUCCUCUCUCAGAAACUUCCAACAAUCCAUCUAGUUUUUCUCAGACUAGUUUCAGCUCACAGAAUCCAAAUACUACCAUGUCACCUCGAAACCUCUCAUCGGACACCCUGACCACUUGUGCACUGGCACACCCUUCUCAGCCACUCACAACCCAGCCAUGCAAAGCCAAGCACCACCCACUCCAGCAGGGGCUGCAGCUUCCACUGCAAUGCAAAGCCCUCCCUAAGAACAGUCAGCCUGCUGCAGGUCUUCCUCAAAAUCCUGCUACGCCGGCAGCCCCCAUCACAACCCAGAUAAUCUCCUCAACGCCUUCUUAUGUCAGCACACCUGUUCCCACCCUUCCACCCAUAAUAAUACCUCCACCUUCCCAGAGUCAUGCACAGCGGAGAGAAGAGCAGGAGAAGAAAGAAAGGGAAUGCAGGGAUGAGGAUGAUGAUGAAGAGGAUGAAGAAGAGAGUCGAAGAAAGGGAUUGGUAAAAGAAUUUGAGUUGACGGUCCUUCUGACCAAGUCCAGGAGUGGAAGCUUUGGCUUCACCAUCACCCGAAGCAAACUGGACAACUGCUACUACAUACAGGAAAUACUGGACAACCCAGCAAAGGCAGACGGACGCCUCAGAGCUGGAGACCGGCUUAUCACGGUAAAUGGACAUGAUGUUACCAAUGUGGCAGAUGAAGUUGCCAUGACGAUUCUCAGGUCUUCUCCCAGGAGACUCAGUAUGACUCUGGGCAGGGCUGUUACCAACCUAGUAGCACCCCCUUCUUGUGACAGCCUGCCUGAUAUUGUCCUCUACAAGACACCUUCAGGACAACUCGGCAUCAAACUUACCGGUGGCAUUGGCAGCAAAUGGCAGGGCAUUUACUGUCUGGAGGUAGUGCCAGGCUCCCCGGCCAGUGAAGAGGGCAGCGUCCAACCUAAUGACAAGAUCCUCUACAUUUGCGGCAGGUGCACUUUAGGGAUGACCUUGGAAGACGCUGUCAAAGCCUGCGAGAUCGCCCCGCGUAAAGUCAAACUCAAAAUCCUGAGAGAUGACCAGCCAGUGACGCCCAAGGCCAAAUGGAACGGUCUGUUUGACUGGAAAAAGGACAGGAAAUUCUUUGCUCGUUUUGAAGAGCCUGUCUCUCCUGACAAAGAAUCACCUCCUGAAGAUGUUGAAGUUGUCAGUCGAACUCUUGGCAACUUCAGAUGUCUGUCUGUGGCCGAACAGCAGGAUAGUUGCAUCAUGCAAGUAGAGUUUACCAAACCAGAAGGAGGCGGCCUUGGCUUUGCGCUGGUUGGGGGGACUAAUGGCAGCAUGCUCAGGGUGAAAGAAAUAUGUUCUGGUGGAGUAGCUGAGCAGGAUGGCAGGCUAAGAGUGGGAGAUAUUCUUCUAGAGGUGAACGGUGUCAUUGUCUCUGGACUGAGCCACAAUAAAGUGGUGGAUAUUCUGCGUAAAGCUGAGGGCACAGUGCAGCUCACCAUCUGCAGAGACAUCCUGCCCUUGACCUAUUCUGAAUCACCCACACCACCCAACAUGGCCACGGGCGCCGAGGCUGUCCUGGCAGAGCAGCCAGCUCCAGUUACCACCUCGGAUGCCUCUUCCUCUCCUGACGUAACAUGUUUUUCUUUAUAUGCUGUUUCAGAGGCGACUGCAGAAUGGGUGUUUAAUGAAUCGUGUGUUUUAGUCACAACACCACCUCCUACUCCACGACAACUGACUGUGGUAAUGGAUGAAACUCCAGUCAAUCAGGAGAGCUGUGACACCACGCCUUCUCAUCAAGCUUGCUGCCCGUCACUGAAUGUCACUGAAAUGUUGCAUGGAGCUUCUGACAGGAAACACACUGUGACCAAACUGUUGGACCGAUCCUGCAAAAGCAUCCGGAAACUAGAGUCAGAUGGCUGGAGCAGUGAAGAGGAAGAAGACGAUGUGUUUGACGCCACUGCUCACAAAAACACCUCAACACAGACAGGCCCACCCCUAAUAUCAGAGGAGGAACUGUGCAGUUUAGCCCUCAUUAGCCCAUCUAGAAGCAGCCAGUAUUCAGGCUCAAGGGUCAAAGCCAUUAUCCAGAUUUUGCAACAUCAACUAGACCAGCAAGAACUGGUCAAAGAAUUCCUGGCUCUGGAGCACCUAAAGCCCUCUGAUGACUGCAUGGUGGGAAAAGCCCCCGAGAACAGAGACAAGAACCGCUACAGAGACAUCCUGCCCUACGACAAAACUCGCGUCACCCUUGGAGAGAAGCACGACUACAUCAACGCCAGCUACAUCCGCAUGCAAGCCGGAGUUGAGGAACUCUCCUACAUCUCCUGCCAAGGACCCCUACCCUCUACAGUGGCUGCGUUCUGGCAGAUGAUCUGGGAAAACAAAUCGGACGUGAUUGCAAUGAUGACUCAAGAAGUAGAACGAGGAAAGGUGAAAUGUCACAAGUACUGUCCCGAGAAGCCAGAUGAGCCCCUGGACAUGGGCAAGUAUAACGUCCACCUGGAAAACCAGCAGUACUUGGAAUAUUUCCACAUCAAGCUCAUCCGCAUGGUGGAAACAGAGACAGCAGAGACCCACAUUGUCCAUCACCUGAAGUUCACACACUGGCCCGACCACGGUGUUCCGCGCUACUCCGAGCAACUGGUUCGCUUCAUCCGGUACCUGCGCUCAGUGCACCGCAAGGGGCCCGUCACGGUCCACUGCAGCGCCGGCAUCGGACGCUCGGGUGUUCUCAUCUGUACUGACAUUAUCCUCAGCCUCAUCGAGAGGGAUUUGCCUAUUAACGUCAGCAACAUCGUAAAGGAGAUGAGACUUCAGCGACAUGGGAUGAUUCAGACCAAGGAACAGUACGUCUUCUGCUACAAAGUCUGGUUGGAGGUUUUACAGGGCAUUUUACAGCUCCAUGGUACCCAGUGGCAACCGGAAAGUCCCCAAGACCACAAAAUAGUUUGAUUGUUUGCAUUUGUGUGUCCACAAGCACUGGCAACACCUUCUUCUUGAACUCUUGUCUGUUUUCAUACAGUGCGCUGUCUAGAUGUAUGUAGGAAGAAAAUACACUUUUGUUUAUCCUAGAUCUCUUAAGGGAAUCCUUGCGUAUUUCAGGCUGAGUGAUUUGCCUUAUGCCUAUGUUAUUGCAUUCAUUGUAAGUCUUUCCAUAGCAUUUCAUUUGCAAAUUGCCAUCAUAAUAGUCCAACAGUUUUUUGUCUGGUAGGAAUGCCAUUAAGGUCACAUAAGAUCAUCUUACCAAAGUUUAUUAUCUGAUAACUUGAUGAAUGUGAGUUUUUAUUUCAUUAAGUGCAUUUGAACCCUGGAGGGAGAGAGAGAGAGGAG